UCUGACACAAAAAAAAAUUUCAGGGUAAAAAUUGGUGCUCCGAAAACAAAAAUCAUGAAAAGAGGAAGGCGAAUUGAAUCUGGUGUGGUCUACAAUUGCCCAAUUUCGAAAAAAUGCACAGCCAUCAGUUUACCAAACCAUGUGUCAUACAGCUCACAGCACAAAGAGAACUGGGAAGGUAACUUUAUAGGUGGUACGAUGGAUAUUAGCUAUAAAUAUGACAGAAUGACGAUAUGCGGAUUCCGAAAAAUUUAUGAGUAUACUAGACCAUCUCCCGAUUACAGAAUGAUGGGAGCUUGUUAUUGGUCAAGUUUGAACACAAGCGCGUUUGAGAGAAUCGAACCUUUACUUGAAUAUAAUACCGGCAUCAUUGAAUUUCGUUCAACGUAUAUUUAUUAUUAUGGACAAGGACAAGCCGGAUUUUCAGCACAUUUCCCUAUGGAACGCAAUGAGCUAAUUCUAGGAGCUCCAGGUAUUUUCAAUUGGGCGGGUACACCACUGCGAGUCAGUGAUGAGGAAGAUAGAAAUCCAGAUCCCAGUAGGCGAAGAAGAGGAACUAUUAUUGUAGAGCCUCUGAAGAAAGUUGAAGUCCCCAACGCUAGAGUGAACCAGGCUUUCGAUUUACUGGGUAAUAUGUUUUCUGAUCAACAGAACAACAACGUUGUCGUUUUCCAAUUUGCGAAUUCCAAUCCAAUAGUUAUCAACACAACACUGAUAGGACAUCAAUUUGGUGAAUAUUUUGGUGCUUCACUUGGUUCGGGAAGGAUAAAUGGCGACAAUUUGGACGACCUCAUAGUUGGAGCACCAUUUUAUAAGGGUAAUUCUUUCAACGAAGGAAAAGUAUACUGCUAUUUAGGUGGUCAGCCAAUCGUAAAACUCGACGUUGCAAUUGGAGCACCAUACGAAAAUGAAGGAAGUGGAGCCGUAUAUAUUUAUAAAGGGUACAAAUUCGGCUUGAGUGAUAUCCAUUCUCAAAAGAUAUAUGGAAAAAAUAUUUAUCCAGGACUAAGAGGUUUUGGAAUCAGCUUCUCUAGAGCUGUAGAUAUUGACAGAAAUAAAUUCAAAGAUGUUGCAGUGGGUGCUCAUUUAUCUGGUAAUGCUAUUCUUUUGAGAGGUCGCCCGGUGGUGGUAAUUGAAUAUAAUUUCGAGUCAAUCCCAGCCACACUGAAGCAAGAUUCCAAUUAUUUCUUAUUGAAAAUCUGUUUUCGGUAUUCGGUGUUCGAAAAUGAAACUCUAGAAAUACUAUUCAAUACUACUGUCGACAAGGCUUUAGGAAGAGGAAAAAUUGAAGGAUCUAACAGCAAGACGGUUACGAAGAAGCUCAUUAUUGCUGAAGGAAACCAAUCAUGCAGUAAUGUGACGGUUUCUUUAAAUCCUCCCGAAAAUUUCAACUCCUCAGCAACAUCAAUUCCAAUAACAGCUUCGCUAUAUUACGAACUCAGCAAUCCUGAGGCUCUAAAAGGAAAUGUUUCAGAAACGCCUAUCAUGGUGAACGAUUACGAUCGACUAUGCUUGAAUUGUCCAGUAUUGGACAUUUUCCGUUCUAAUAAAACGUAUUACGAAAUUCAUAUACCGUUUACCCUGGAUUGUGGAGAGGACAAUGACUGUAGAUCAAAAUUAUUUGUUGAUAUGAAUAUUCCGGAACUGAGCAAUGGAAAAUCAUACAUCGUUGGAUCAAAACCCUAUCUGAAUCUGAUGGCAAACAUCAAAAACGAAGGAGAAAAUGCCUACUCUACGAAACUGGAAAUCGUCUUACCAGAUAUCAUUGUUUUCAGACAAAUUGGUCCAAGAUGCAGAACUUUGAAUUCAUCUGCCAUCAGUUGUUUGGUGGGAGAUCCGCUUCGUGAAAAUAAAAUGAUGAGUAUUAAUCUAGAUCUUGAUGUAACUAAUAUAAACAAAGACUUGAGUACUUAUGAACUCCCAAUAUUUGGAAGAAUUUUCACAACUAGCAACAAUACGAAUGGGGAUACUUUUAUCUAUGAAUUGAAAAUUAAAAAAGAAGCCGAUAUUACAAUAUAUGGAAAGAGUGAGCAGAAAGGUAACUCCUUUGGCAAUGCCACUACUGAAUUCACACACAUCUACAAAAUUGAAAAGACCGGAGUGAGCCCGAUAGAAAUGAUAACUGUUAAAAUAAAUAUUCCCCAUUAUUACAUUACUCCUUCAGCCAAAAUACCCUUCUUGACAUUAUAUAAUCCUAAAACAACUCUCGGCAACCAACUUGGAACGUGUCGAAGCGUUUUCACCGAGGGUAUUCAGUUAGAAAACAUUCCUGAAAGACGUAAAAGACAGGUGGAAGUCUUCCAAAAUAUUUCACAAACCAAUCGAAAGGAAGAUAUAAAAAUAAAUGAUGAAGAAAUCACUAUUUUUUCAAACACAACUUUCUAUCUCAACUGCAGCACCAACGAAGUCCUAUGUUCUGAAGUUUUGUGCACGAUUGGCCCUUUUGAUAAGAGAAAACUUGCUGUUAUUGAAAUUAAAAUGCUCUUAAACAUUUCUACUAUCAUUGAGGCAGUUGCUGAAAACUUAACUGUGCUUUUUUCCACUCGAGGAGACGUCGAGAUCGAUAUACCAAAGAAUUUCAUUCAGAGUGGAAAUAGAUCGGAUUCCUUUAUCAUUUCCAGUAUUUUCACCGUCAAUGACAAAACAACUGUUGGAAUUGCCAUCUGGAUUAUUAUUCUAGCCAUUAUUGCUGGUUUACUAUUACUCGUGCUUUUAAUUCUUACUCUUGUGAAGUUGGGAUUCUUCAAAAGGUCAAAAAAACAAGAACUUGAAGAUUUGAAGGCCGCCCAGGAGGAAAAUCACGAAGGAUUAUCUGAUGAUCUUGAAGAAUGUCAUCAAGAGGAAUUAUCAGACCCAUAUAACAUGGGUUCAUCAUUAGAAGGACUCUGCGAUGAAAAUGACCAACAGCAAAAAUUGUGAAGUUCAUUCACAUAUUUGUAGGAAGUAAAAUAUGUUAAGAUUAUUAAACACUUUGAGAUUC